GCCCCGGACGCCAACAUGGCGGCGGCAGUAGCGGCAGCGUUUAGAAAUUAUUUGAGAUUUUAACCUUUCCGACCGGGGCGCGCCCGUCCUUCUGCACGGUAUUUUAAAAAAAAACCACCACCCGAAAAUUCCGUCAGCGCUCCGGUACUGUUAGGGGAAGGAAAAGAAGGGAAGGGGAGGUGAUGGCGAGCGACAGCAGGAGGCAGUUCUGGAAGCGGAACACCAAGGUUCCCGGAAGUAUACAACAAGUUUAUGGAGCUCAACAUCCCCCAUUUGAUCCCCGUCUACACAAAAAUUUACUUAAAGAAGGUUCCAAGAUGUACACACAGUCAAAAUCAAAAAGAGCUUCAAGUUUCCAUGAGUUUGCGAAAAGCACCAGUGAUGCUUGGGACAUUGGGGAUGAUGAAGAGGAAGAGUGCAUGUCUUUUGCUUCCCAAAGCCUUAAUUCAAAAGUUGCAAUGGCAACAGCUGCUCAGGUCAUUCAGAACCACAAUAAAUUGAAGGAACCUCCUGGAGAGAAAAUGCAGCAAUCUGAAUCGUUUGAUGAGAUUAAAAGGAAUGGCAAGGUGGUCAAGUCGAACAGCGAAGUACAACUGUCAGUGUCUUCAGGUGGCUCUUUAGGCAGAGUAACACUCCAAAAACAACAGUCACUCCCUUCACGGCCUGUUAUUCCAUUAGUGGCACGAAUUUCAGAUCAGAAUGCAUCUGGGGUACCGCCAAUGACAAUAAGAGAAAAAUCACGUCAUGAAAAGUUCAAACAGCUUUUAAGCAGUGCAAACACAGAUUUAGAAGAACUAAGAAAAUAUAGUUGGUCAGGUGUUCCAAGAGAAGUUCGUUCUGUCACGUGGCGACUGUUGUCGGGUUAUCUACCUGCAAAUAUGGAGAGAAGGGAAAUCACUUUACAGCGAAAACGGGAAGAGUAUUUUGGGUUCAUUGAACAAUAUUAUGAUUCCAGAAAUGAAGAACAUCACCAGGAUACAUAUCGACAAAUUCACAUUGACAUUCCCAGAACUAAUCCCUUGAUUCCCCUCUUUCAACAACCUUCUGUUCAAGAGAUCUUCGAGCGGAUUCUAUUCAUAUGGGCUAUUCGACAUCCGGCAAGUGGUUAUGUUCAAGGAAUUAAUGAUCUGGUCACUCCUUUCUUUGUAGUGUUCCUUUCAGAACAUGUGGAGGAAGAUGUAGAAAAUUUUGAUGUAACAAACCUGUCGGAGACAGUACAGCGGAAUAUAGAAGCUGAUAGUUUCUGGUGUAUGAGCAAACUAUUGGAUGGCAUACAGGAUAAUUACACUUUUGCACAACCAGGGAUUCAAAAGAAAGUCAAAGCACUUGAAGAACUCAUUAGCCGAAUUGAUGAGCAAGUGCACAUUCAUUUCAGAAAAUACGAAGUAGAGUACCUGCAAUUUGCAUUCCGGUGGAUGAAUAAUUUGUUGAUGAGGGAGCUGCCUCUCCGAUGCACCAUCCGACUCUGGGACACAUACCAGUCAGAGCCAGAGGGAUUUUCUCACUUUCACUUGUAUGUCUGUGCUGCUUUCCUUAUUAAAUGGAGAAAGGAAAUUUUGGAAGAAGAUGACUUUCAAGGUCUGCUGAUGUUGUUGCAGAAUUUACCUACAAUCCACUGGGGUAAUGAAGAAGUUGGUCUUCUCCUUGCGGAAGCGUACAGGCUUAAGUACAUGUUUGCAGAUGCACCUAAUCACUACAGACGAUAAGUGGUUAGAAGAAGUGUUGAGAGCUGAAUUUAAACUCUUUUCAGUCUUUCAAGUCAGGUGGCCAUCAGCUCUACUGACCGAGGCAGCAAAUGGUCCAACUACUUUGGAAGUAGUUUCUAAUUACUUGAAGCUUUUCUUAAGCUAUUAUUGUAAUAUACUAAAUUGAAAGUGGACUGAGAGCUCCCUCAGUUUGCUCUUCUUGGAGCCUUGCUAAAUCUUUGAUACUAGGUUAUAUAUAAUUCUUAGAAAGAAAGAUUUAAAAGGAAUUAUAUUGUAUGUUUCUGUAUAAUAGUUAAAAUGUGUGUCCUUAAUUUGAACUACUGUGAGCUUAUACUUAGGAAGUUGCUUAAGUGUUUGGAUAUAGUGUGCAAAAGAGAGACUGGUUAAAUUUUCCUCAUUUUUCAACAUAACUGGCAUCCAAUUUCUUGUAGUAGAUGAUGCAUUCACA